AUGUGGACAUCUCGCGAGCCGCGGCCGCGCAAGGUGACGCCCCCGUCGCCCUCAUACAUGAGCAAGGACCAAAUGGCCAACUACCUCGCCGAUCUGCGUACUAACCGAACGCCGCGGCCUGGAGGUGCCCGACCUCAACCUUCACAUCCUACGGAACCGCCACGAUCGCUCGCCGGACGAUUUAGCCUCGAUGCUUCAUCACUGCAAUCCCAGCCUGGCAAACGAUCUGAUCAUAAUCGCGAACCUUCGCAUGUAUCCCAGCCUGGCAAACGACCCGAUCACAGUCGUGUGCCGUCGCAUGUGCCCAGCGUCGGUGGACUCAGCAUCUCGUCUCGCUACUCUACCAUGAGCGGCCGUGGCCGGGAUUAUUAUCCCGACAAGCCGACCGCGACGGGUCCCCUCAAGCCAUCCGAAGUUGUGCCCACAGCCACGUACAUGGAGCGCGGCCAACGAUGGAUGGAAAAGGAAGAAGCAUUUUCACUGCGCGACGCUAUGGAGCAAAUGGACGUGCGGGACGAGACGGGCCGUGAGACCCCAGAUGAAGAAGGUCGCAUAUAUCAGGCCGCCCUUGAUGAAGCUGCGGAGCUGGUUUGGCAGCAUCAGAAUGGAGGCGGUGAAGCGCCCCGUCCGGAUGGUCCUUACCGCUACCGCCCACAUCUUAGAAAGGACAGCUAUGCUCAUGCUCGCACCGCUAGCAUCGGUACAUACGGCAAUGACAUUGUUGCUACGGGCCUGCGACGGGAUACUGGCUACCGGUCUGUAAGCAACAGUUCGAGCGAGAGCGAAGUCAAUAGCUCCAGCCUCCGCCAGUCUUCCGAACUGAGCCAGACUACCGUUGGUUCAACCAGCCACGGCAAUCAACGCCGCAAGACGUACGGUGGAAUUGGAAUCGGAAUCAACACUGUUGCUGGUAGCAGACGCAAAAGCAGCAGAAACCGCAACAUCAGCGGCGAGGUCAACAAUCCCUUCUCUGCAGACCAGAUCUGGGAAGAGCCCGGUGCCACGACAAAACGGCCGAACAUCGAUAUGGCAUCUCAGUCGCGCCGGACUCUUGGGAGUGUGACGCGGAACCCUGCAGGCGAGCGUGUUCCAGUCGUCGUUGCCAAUGGCGCUGUCGUGAAGCCUCGUGACAGGGUUGAGAUCUAUCGCAAUCCUCCCACUCAAUCUCACAACGCUCUGUACACGACAAAUUCGCGUGCUGCUCCACGGGAAGAUGAUCAGGUGGAGCGCAAGCACGGGGUAGAGGUUCGCAGCCAGGACAUUCGCGAAGCAACGAGCAUGCGGUUGAAGGAUCGAAGUGCUAGGCUCCCCGAGCCGACGGCCGUCAGCGACAGUCCGGGGCGGCCCAUUGCCGCCAAACAACCACGACGACGCCAUUCGACAGGCAGCAACCACAGUCUCUCCCGGGUUGGAAGCUUGUGGAUGUCCCUUCGAUCCUUGUUCCUGGGCAAAGGUCACCGCGUGUCCAGCCGACAACCCAGCCGCCAGUCCAGCCACCGGCUCGCCCGGAGAUCCCUGCCAUCAGCAUAG